AUGAAGUUGGAGGUAGGCACCAACUGCUGGAUCCCCGAUCAGAAGGAGGGUUGGAUAAGUGUGAUUGUCCAAAGCAAGGAGUAUUCGCCAGAACACAAGAAAUAUAGAAUUGAGCUCGUUAGUGAUGGCCCAAUAAAUGAAAGUUACGCCAUUGAAGUACCUGAGUUGAAUGAAAAGGAUGAAAAACUACCAAAGUUGAAGAAUACAGAUGACACUGUAGACGAUCUAACUGCGUUGCCUCAUUUGAACGAACCCUCUGUUUUGAAUUCCGUGAAGCUAAGGUACCAAAUGAAAAAGAUAUACACUUUUUCAGGUAUUGUAUUAGUGGCGGUAAAUCCAUUCGAUAGAGUCGAUUAUUUGUAUACACAGGAGGUAAUCAAAUCUUAUCAUAAAGCAGGAAAGUCGGAUAACCCUCCACAUGUGUUUUCAAUUGCCGAAGAGUCUUUCAAACUGAUGAAGAAGAACCAACAAAGUCAGUCCAUUAUAGUUUCUGGAGAAUCAGGUGCAGGUAAAACGGUCUCUGCCAAAUAUAUAAUGAGAUUUUUUGCUUCAGUACAUCAUGAAGGUGCAUCGAUCAAUAUAACUGAAAUUGAAAAACAAAUAUUGGCUACCAAUCCUAUUAUGGAAUCUUUUGGUAAUGCGAAAACCACACGAAAUGAUAAUUCAUCACGAUUUGGUAAAUACCUGGAAAUUUCGUUUGACAACAAAAACUUAAUUUGUGGUGCAAGAAUCCAAACAUUCCUGUUGGAGAGAUCGAGACUAGUCUAUCAAGAUCAAAAUGAAAGAAAUUAUCAUAUAUUUUACCAAAUGGUGAGUGGUUUAGAAAAACGAUUGAAGAACAAAUUAUAUCUAACUAGAGUGCAAGAUUACCAUUAUUUGAAUCAAGGUCAAACUGCAAGUAUUGAGGGCGUGGAUGAUGUUGCAGAAUUCAAAGUAACGCGUGAAGCAUUGAAAGUCAUUGGCAUAGAUAAAGAGACUCAAUUCGAGAUUUUCAAAGUAAUGGCAGGUUUGUUGCACCUAGGAAAUGUUGAGAUUGAAAAUUCAAGAAAUGAAGCAUUUCUUUCGAGUGAUAAUCAGAGUCUUCAGUAUGCUUGUGAUUUACUAGGUUUCGAUCAUAAAGAAUUUGGCAAAUGUUUAGUCAAGAAGAAGAUUGUAACGAGGUCUGACAGCAUAUCAUCUAACAUGAAAUAUCACGAGGCAAUAGUUGCCAGAGAUUCAAUAUCAAAAUAUAUUUAUUCUUUGUUGUUUGAUUGGAUUGUUGAACAUAUCAACCAAGACUUAUACCCACCUGAAAUUGAAGCCAAAAGUGUAUCAUUUAUUGGUGUAUUAGAUAUCUACGGAUUUGAGCAUUUUUUCAUCAACUCAUUUGAACAAUUCUGCAUCAAUUAUGCAAACGAGAAGCUACAACAGCAAUUCACACAUCAUGUCUUUAAAUUACAACAGGAAGAAUACACAAAGGAAGGUAUAGAAUGGUCAUUUAUUACCUUUCAAGAUAAUCAGCCAUGCAUCGACGUUAUAGAAAACAGAAAUGGUAUCCUUUCACUAUUAGAUGAACAGUGUAGAUUGCCAUCAGGCUCAGACCAAGCGUGGGCCGAGAAAAUGUUCCAUUCAUUGACUGUGCCACCUUUUAACAAAGUGUUUAAGAAAGGACGUUUUGGAAAUGACAAAUUUGUGGUGUCUCAUUAUGCCUUGGAUGUCACUUACGAUAUAAAAGGCUUUUUAGAGAAAAAUAGAGACACAGUUUCGGAUGUACAAAACAAAGUGUUAGAAUCAACAAAAAAUAAGUUUCUUCAGUCACUGAUAAAUUCAAAAUUAGUUGAUGGAGACUUGUCAACAUCAGCCAAUGAUACGUAUAAAAGAGAAAGUGGAUUUAAUAGAAAUAAGAGGCCAACUUUGAGUCACAUGUUCAAGAACUCAUUGAAUCAAUUAGUAGCUAAACUUGGAAAUACCAAUGCGCAUUAUAUUAGAUGUAUUAAACCUAAUGAAGCAAAAAGCGCCUGGACUUUUGAUAAUCUAAUGGUACUAUCACAAUUAAGAGCCUGUGGUGUUCUAGAAACAAUUAGAAUCUCACUAGUUGGUUGUCCAUCCAAGUAUUGUUAUGACGAAUUUAUAGAAAGGUUUGUUGUUUUAUUAGAUGCCGAAGAUGAAAAGAAGGUCAAAAGAAAAAUGGUUGUUUCAAUGGACGAGAAGAAAAAGAUAAGUAGUAAACUACUACGAUCAUACGUGGAGGAGAAUGCUUUAUUUCAAUUGGGUAGAACAAAAAUAUUUUUCAGGGCAGGUGUCUUGGGGCAAUUAGAAAUUGCUAAGUCCAACAAAAUAUUUGCAGCAGCUACUACAAUACAAAAAUAUGGCCGUUGCCAUUUUGAAAGGAUCAAAUGGUUAUUGGCAAGAAGGUCUACUAUAGAUUUGCAAAGUUUAAUUAGAGGCUUUUUGUCACGAUUAAACCAACAGCAUACAAUCAGUAUGAUUGUAAGAAUUCAAGCGAUAACAAGGGGAUUUGUUUGUCGAAGAAAAACCUCACAAUUGAUCAGUAAAACCACAUUGAUUCAAUCAUAUAUUAGAAGAUAUAUAGUUAGAGAAGAAUUUGUUAGAUUAGUCGAUGAACACAAAAAGAGAGUUGCAGCCAUGCUUGAAACGAAAAAUCGCUUGUUAGCUGAAGAAAAAAAGGAAGAAGCAAAUGUUUUUCAUGGCGAUAAAGAGAAAUUUGUUGAAACAUAUCAGGGAAAAGGAGAUGGUGAGAGAGAAAAGAUAUUGGUGCUGGAUGAUCAAUUAGAGCAAAGAACGCAUUCACAGGCACAAAAUGCAAGUCCUUCGUGUAUUUUUAAGUCUAGUGAUACCUCACCGAAUCUCUCUGAAGACUUACCAGUUAGUUUUAUCAAUUUUGAUGCUCUUUCUCAAGGUACGGAAAGAAGUAUCCACAAGGUGGAAUAUAAUGAGGAUGUCGAUAAAAUGUUGGAAGCAUGGAACCUAAUAUGUGAAAGUUUACCCCCUCAGAGAUACACAUAUGAUGAUUUAUUAGGCAUGAAACCUUAUAAAGCACUUUGUACAAUUUCCCGGUUUUUGAUUCAAAAAAUUCGGGUAACCAAUACCAGACUGAAUGAAGUGUUGGGCGGGGAAACAAUCAAAAGCAAAACUUUGAACGACAAUCUCCAAAGGAGUUUUAGUUCAGAUGUAUUAAUGUUCAAAAAGACAAUGCGGCGUCUGAAAUACGUAAAACCUGAGGCAGUAUCCAAAAGACAUUCGAUAAGAUCUAUUUCUGGCUCUCCAAACACUAACAGAAGUUCAUCCCAACAAUCAAUACAAACAAUGUCGAGAUUUGAUAGAAGCUAUAAAUCAGCGUUAGCUGAUAUAUCAGGUUAUCAGAAAGGGACACGGCUUGUGACAGAAUCGGUGGCUCAACUGGUGCUCGAAGAUAUAAGGCCCAUUGCUGUUUCUGCGUUGGACGAAGACGACCCAGAUGAUGUAAAGCUAGUCUCAGUUGAUGAGCUUCUAUAUCAUUCCAGACUUAUUUCUGAGAUACUAACUGGAAUGUGGUCUGUCGGAAUGUACAAUGAAUCAGCCAUGUUUCUGAUGUCUUGUUUUGAGAUUAUUGAAAAAGAGGUUCAGUACUGUGUGGAAAAGUCGGAUCAUUUUGAGCACGCGGCAAGAUUGAUAACUAACCUUCAUGAUUUAAAUGUUAAAAUCUCCAAUAUUAGAACUAACAUUAUGCAAGAUCUUAAUACCAAGCUUUUUGGUGGUGGCGUUGAUCGAAGCAAAUAUUUGAAAAUACUUUCUAUAGUGAGGAGGUUUACAGAAUGCUUCUUUGCCAAAAUGUACACCGCAUGGAUGGACGGAAUUAGGGGGGAAAUUCAGAAAAUUGCACCUGACGCUUUAGCUUUAGACGAUACGUAUUUUGCUAUUAAAAAGACGCCACACUCAUACUUUCGACAUGCAAUUCAGAAGGGCUCUAAAUACAAAAUGUACGAUGUUGUUAGAUUGGUUAAUAAUCUCUAUGUUGCUCUGAACAAAAAUCGUUAUGAAAAACCCAUUGUUGAUUCUAUAAUCAAGGAUUUACUAAAGUUUAUGGAUAUUAUUUGCUUCAACGAUAUUAUGAUGAGAAGUAAGUAUUUGAAUGUUGAAAAGAGUACGCUGAUUAAAUCAAACAUUACGUUGCUUCUAGAUUGGUGUGCUAACCAGCAAAUUCCAGAUGCUCCAGGUUUUGUGAUGCACUUGUUAACAUUAUGUCAGAUAUUACAAUUGAAAAAACACGGGUUGUCUGAUGUGGACCAAAUAACAUCAGUUUGCACUUGUCUUACGCCAUCGCAAAUUAAAAGAAUCGUCGGACAAGUCGAUAAACAAGAAGAACGGAUUUGCAGCUAUUCUACGGUUGGAUCCACUCCAUCAUUUGAUAAUACACUUGAUUCUAGCAUUAGCGAUACCGAUUUUUUGAUUGCAAUAGAUUACGAGAUGUUUGAAAAUAAAAUCUUAGAUGUAUGA